CAUCACUAGAUGAGGAAGCAUGGGCAGUUAUACUUGAACAAAUUCCAGAAACCAAUGUUUGUGUCAGAGAUUGCUUUAUUCACACCAAAUUCUUAAACAGAGUGUACUUAACCCCACACAGGCUGGCACGUAUGUAUCAGGGUCAUCCAGAAGUAUGUCUUAAAUGUAAUGUGGAAGCUGGUACCUACCUUCAUGUUUUCUGGGGUUGUCCUAAGAUCCAACAAUAUUGGGCCACAAUACUUAGGUACAUUAAUAUAUACCUGAGACUACCCAACAUCAGGACACCGGAAUUCUGCCUCCUUGGACUACUUGAAGGACUUACCAUCCCCUCCAGUGAUAGACUGUGCCUACAACAGCUUCUCCACUAUGCCAGGAAAGCUAUUUUAGUGACUUGGAAAGCUUCAGAACCUCCUACACUUAGCUUCAGGAUAAAACUAGUUGAUGAUACCCUCCCUAGGCAAAAACUGACAUAUGCUGCCCAUGGAUGCCCUGAAAAAUUUAGGAAACUUUGGGACAAAUGGCUUGUGGACCCUAAAAUGAGUAUGGUACCUUGAUCGUGUUUGAACAGAUGCAUGAUAUAUAUUACCUAAAAGGGACACAAAAGAUGUGUCGUCGGGAAAGCUCAUCUUGCUCUUUUCUUUCUUCCUCUUUUACAUUUGAAUGUGGCUCUUGGGGGGAGUGCUGUACACUAGCUUGGUACAGCCUGGUAGGGUACCAUGUUAACUGCCAUAAGGUAGUUCACCUUAACGUUAACUUUUAGUAUGUUGAAUGGCCCAUUCUAAGAAACUUUUUAAUUGGUCUUCAUUAUUUAUAGUUUAUAAUUUGCCUUUUUUUCUUAUGACUCUUUCAAGCUUUCAAAUGGUAGUCACUGACCCCAUCUAAAAUCCAAAUACUCUGUAAGGCUAUAAAUGUAUUGCUAUUGCUACUUUUUGAUUACUAAUCUUUCUCUUUGGGCCCUCACCUAUUCUUAUUCAAAUCAAUGCAUGGUUGCUAGGGUAAUUUGAACCCUACCAACCAGAUUGCUGAAUAAAAAGCUAAAUAACUCCAAAAGCUCAUAAUAAAAAAUCAAAACCAAUUGCAAGUUGUCUCAGAAUAUCCCUCUUUACAUUAUACUAAAAGGUAAAUCAAAGGUGAACAACCCCUUAAAGCAAAGCAGUAGUGUAAUUUUCUUAACCAACAGUCUUAUGAUGUCACUGAGGCAUAAAACAAAUAUUCUAGGGUCCAAACACAACCUGGUACUCCACUGCAUUGCUAAUCUCUUAUGCCUGGGUUGUACAGCUGCAAACCCAAUUAAUAUAUGCAACUCUUCAGGGGAUUGGAGAGCACCCUGCUUUCCAAGAGCUUGAUAGUCUUCUUGAAAAUUAUACAAACCACCCCAAAUGAGUUAUAUUGGGUACUGCAUCUCUACAUGCAGGGAACUUGAGUUGCUAUUCAGUAUUUCACAUGAUCCAGGCUUCCUGGGCUUUAUCAUCAUGGGGCUAGCUUUUGACUGGGAGCAAUGUCCUUGUACAAAGAGAAUAAUGCAUAAAUUAUUGGCUAUGAAGAUUGCUUCUCAAUGACGGAUUCUCUGCAUUGUAGCUCAAUUGGUUAAUUGAUUUUAUAACUGACACUGCUUCUGUAUAUAAUAGACCAGGGUUGAGCCCUUUCACCCCCCCCCCCAAGAGCCACAUUCAAAUGUAAAAAGAGUUGGGGAGCAACUGGGAGUGCCAAAUAAGGGCUGUGAUUGUUUGGUGGUUCUGUUUGGUUUUAUACCCACCUCCUAACUUUCCUCCAAGCCUGGAAUUCAAAAAUAAUCCCCUGCUUCCAGCCCACUGGUUGGGGAUCACUGUCAGGGCUGUAACUACAGGAAGGCACGUGCCUAGAGUGCAGAGCUGGGGGUGGCACCAGGCGCACCUUCCCUGCCUUCUACCGCCUCACUGGCGUGUGCGGCCCUAUGCGCGAACACGCCUGUUUAGUGCACGCACGUGCCUAUUGGGUGCUGCGACCAACUGUUUCCUAUGGCGCUGAUCAUGGUGCUAAAUUAUUCGCAUAUGGUGUUGGACUAGCCCACUGCGACUAGGAGAAUAGAGGUUGAGUGAGGAGAGGAAGAAUAUUACUGAGAGUGGGCCCCUGGUGUCCCAGUCCGACACUGGAAAAAAAAUCACCUGGCGGCUUUCAGACAAGGGUGGAUAGAGUUAUAACCCUAUGCAGGUCGGUGUUCGUUGGGAGUGUGCAUGUACACCACCGGUGCUUCUUAUGUUAGAGGGCCCAAACUACCCAGUCUGACAAUGUUGCAAGGUUGGCAGUAGAGCUGACCAGUGUUUUACCAAUGCACAAUCCAUAUCUUUAGGACAAUGAUCCAGUCUGGGGAUUUUUUUAAAAUUUUAUGUUACAAUUUACAGUGAAGAGAAAUUGCUCUUUUGGCUGUGCCAUUCCCUGGUUGUAUGGAGGUGAUAAGUUGUUUGGCUGGGACUCCGUCUCUUCGGGUCAGACUCAUUUACGUGAAGACAUGGGGGUGGGGCAUGCGAACUAUUACAUCUGAUAAGUCACAGUUUUCUCUCUUAUUUUUUAAUGUAUAACCUUUUAAUCGACAGGGGUGCUUCUGGCCUUAGAGAUAUAGCGUUUCGCAGUUUAUAGAGGGCCGGCGCAAGGUCUGGCAGUGGCUGCCAACUUUGAAUGAAAUGCCUCCUCCCCACCAUUUUGUUCAGCGCCUGCCUGACAGCGACAGGCUACCUCAACAGAUUAUAAAACGAGACCGGCUCGGGGUAAAAAAAAAAAGUCGGUGGAAAGAGGUUUCGACACGAAAAUAGACUCCAUAAACGAAAUCAGGGACAAAAACGUUGUGGCUUUUCUUUGUCUUUUUUGUUUAGGCGUUUAGAAUGGAUGGUGCCCAGCGCGGGGGUUGCCGGGAAAUGUAGUUAGAAUCUAUUGUUCCCGUAGCUGGUAAGCGGUGGCCACAGGCGCUGGAUAAAACUAUAGUUCCCAGCAUGCAGUAGCGCGUGGUUUCUUAUGCGGGACGGAUUCCGAACCCCUAUUCUUGUGCUCCUCUAUAGCGAGUGAAGGAUUUUUUAUUUUAUUUUUUUGCGGUGUGGCGAAGUGCGGCUUUAAAGUGAUUAGGGAACACUAGAGACGAGCAAUAGUGGUUCUAAUGGGAGAACGGUUGUACGAAGAAACUCCACACAGGUGGCGGGAGGAGUUUGGAAGCGGUUGAACCCUGGGAAAUAAAGUCCGAGCGACGUUACUUUGUCUUUGCCAAUACAGCUUUGGGUACUACACAUCCAAUGAUGCACCGCGCCUUAGUAAGCGCUUCAGAGUAGGAGGGGGAGCCCGGGGCGUAGCAGUAAGAACCGCUGAAGAAGAAGGCGAUUAAGAUGGCGGCCUGUGCCGCGCAGGGACCCUCAGCCACUGUCAUACUACUGUAAGGAAGGCUCCCGAGUCAUAGCAGGACAUCGCCUUUCUUACAUAAUCGGCACCUAGCAGCCCGGGACACUUGGAGGGGUUUCCUCUUGCCUUCCCCGCCCACAGUUGUCCCUGUGCUUGUCUUCACCCCUGUUCCGUUCGGCACCAUGGGGGUGCAGGGCUUCCAGGAGUUCCUGGAGAAGCGCUGCCCAGGGGCCGUGGUGCCCGUGGACCUGUUGAAAUUGGCCAGGACCGUAGCCAGACAGCAGCACAGGGCCGGCCUCUCACCCGGGGGUUACCCACCGGCUCCUCCGCCGCCUCCUUCCCCUGCUGCUCCCCCGCCCUGCCGAGUCUUAGUGGACGCCGAUUCUGCCUUGCAGCGUCUCUAUGGCGGCUACCAGACGGACUGGGUGUGCGGUGGCCAGUGGAACGCCAUGUUGGGCUACUUGGCAGCACUGUCUCAGGCCUGUUUGUACCAGGGCGGAUUGGAGCUCGUAGCCAUGUUCAACGGCACGCUAGCUAAAGAAAGGCUGCCCGAAUGGGCACGGAAAGCGCAAGGAGAGAGGCAGACGGCUCAGCUUAUAGUCAGCCACGUCGGGAACAAGGGCACCCCGCCCCCCCGGGCCUGGUUCCUACCACCCGCUUGCCUCGCUCACUGUAUCCGCCUGGCCAUGAUCCGCUUCCGUGUCAAGGUAUUUCAGAGCUUGGAAGACCAUCACCUGGAGGUAGUAUCCUUCUUUCGUGAGAAUGGCUUUCAUGGACUGAUCGCUCAUGACUCUGAGUAUGCACUCUGUAACAUCCCCUCAUACUACAGCUCCCAUGCCCUCAAACUCAGUUGGAAUGGGAAGAAUUUGACCACCAACCAGUUUUUAAUGCAGGAAGUUGCCAAGCAGCUUGGCCUAAAGAUGAGCCACUUUCCAAUUUUUGCAGCCCUCUUAGGUAAUCAUAUCCUUCCUGAUGAGGAUCUAGCAGCAUUUCACUGGAGCCUGCUUGGGCCAGACCACCCCCUUGCAUCUUUGAAGGUCCGUGCUCACCAACUUGUCCUUCCACCCUGUGAUGUGGUGAUUAAAGCUGUUUCUGAAUAUGUGGGAUCUAUUAAAGAUGCAUCUAAUCUGGAUGGAGUGGGAAAGGAAAUCUUUAGGCACUCACAGUCCAGGACAGAAGAUAAAAUAGAACGAUUCAAGAAAGCUGUGGACUAUUAUUCUGUAGCAACUAAGCAGAGGCCGCAACCACUUAAUCCAUCUCCAUAUGUUGUUUCAGGCUACGGACCUAACCAAUUCGGAGUACCUCCACUUCCUCAUAACCAAAUGGGAGGAAUGCCAGUUGGAAAACCAAUGUUUGGACACCAAAUGCCUCCCAAGAUGCAGUACCCACACCACUUUACUCCAGGCCCAAACUCAGGAUUCGUGUUUCCUCCUCACCAAUUUGGUGACCUGCAGCACUUUCAUGAUGAAACAUUGCUGAAGACAGGGCCGUUCUCUGGGUGGUCUCUGCCAUAUGAUUCAGCUGCCUCUAAGUUUCCUAAUCACCUAACUCUGAAGCCUUCUCCUUCUUCUGGUCAUGAGUCGUCGCCAUCCUCUUCAUCAGAUGAAGAUCAGAAUGGUGCUACAUCCAAUCAUGUUACAGAGUCCCGCCAGCAUAAGACUAACUGGGAGGAAUCCACUGGGGAGAAGAAUUCUCAGUCCUGGGGUCAGCAGUCAGGGUCUGGAGAUUCUAAUGCUAACCUUGGACACAAUGAAAAUCAGAUACCUUCCCUGCUUUCCAUGGCAACUCGGAACCACAUGGAUAUCACUACACCACCCCUGCCACUUGUAGCUCCUGAGGUCUUGAGAGUGGCAGAACACCGGCAUCGUCGUGGUCUUAUGUACCCCUACAUAUAUCAUGUUCUCACCAAGGGUGAGAUUAAACUGCCUGUCUGCAUAGAAGAUGAAUGCAAUACUGAUCUCCCACCGGCUACCAUCCUCUUUCGCACAGCUCGUCAGUAUGUCUACGGAGUCCUCUUUAGCUGGGCUGAGACCCAGCGGAGGCUGGAACGGAUGGCUAUACGCAGGCGUCUGCCUGUCGAUGUCCCCCCAGUGAUUAUCAAGGAGUGGUCAGCCUACAAGGGAAAGUCUCCCCAGACUCCAGAGCUGGUAUCUGCUAUGACCUUUAGAGAGUGGACAUGUCCCAAUCUAAAGAAGCUAUGGCUGGGCAAAGCUGUAGAGGAUAAGAACCGCAGGAUGAGAGCGUUUCUGGCCUGCAUGAAGUCAGAUACUCCCAGCAUGCUAAACCCAGCCAAUGUGCCAACGCACCUGCUGCUGAUGUGCUGUGUGUUACGAUAUAUGAUGCAGUGGCCAGGAGGAAGGAUAUUGCUGAGGCACGAGCUUGAUGCUUUCUUGGCACAGGCUGUAUCUGCACAGUUGUAUGAACCAGACCAGCUGCAGGAGCUCAAGAUAGAGAAAUUAGACGCACGUGGGGUGCAGCUGGCAGCUCUCUUUAUGAGUGGAGUAGACACUGCACUCUUUGCCAAUGAUGCCUGCGGACAGCCGGUGCCAUGGGAGCAUUGCUGCCCUUGGAUUUACUUUGACGGGAAGCUUUUCCAAAGCAAGCUAAUACGAGGAGGCCGGGAGAAAGUUCCUCUAAUUGAAUUAUGUGAUGGCCAGGCAGAGCAGGCAGCCAAAGUGGAGAAGAUGAGACAGAGUAUCCUGGAGGGGAUCAACUUAAACCGUCAGCCCCCUCCUCCUCUCUUGCCUCCUCCACAUUUCAUGCCCCCUAUGAUGCCACCAUUUUACCCUGUACCACUAUAUCCACGAGCCAUGGGUUCUCUGCCGCCUCCUCCACCAGGAAGGAACAGAGGAUUUUCAGCAGCGGUACAUCCUAUCCCCCCACAAGGGGGAAAGCUGGAAAUUGCGGGUAUGGUUGUAGGCCAGUGGGCUGGCAGCAAACCUUCACGUGGGAGAGGAGCCUUUGGCAUGCAAGUUGUCUCUGUUGGGGGUCCAGGAAAGGGGCAUGGGAGAGAACCUCCUGGCAAAGUUACAAAAUCAAAUAAAAAGUUGAACAAACCGGGCUCACCUGAAAGCCAAAGCCCCUCCCAAGUAAACGGGACUGGCGGAAGCACCAACACGGAGGAAGAAUCCAAUUCUCAAGACAUAGCAUGUGCCUUAUCUAGAGAGUGCAGCGACCCAUGCAGCAAUGGCAGCUCCUCUCAUUUCACAGGGAUGAGCAACGAGGGAAAUGACUCCUGCCAUGAUGAAAAGCUUGGUCCCGUGCCCCUUCAGAAGGAGGAGUGAGCAGCACAGAGACAUAAAGGGCAAGGGUUCAAGGAGGAGGAGAGUGGUUGAAGGAGGUACAGAGAAAAAGAUCUUGAGAUGAAUCUCGGAUCAUUUCUCCCAAACUCUAAAUUUGUGAAUUAAUUUUCUUCUCUACAUGUGGCCAACCCAUCAAUCUUGCACCAGAGUUACCUGUUUACUUACUCAGCAGGCAGUUUGAAUGACCUGUUGCUGCUGGAAAGGUUAAUGUAGGAUUGCUGCUUGUAUGAUACAAGCUGCUCUUUAUUGUAUCACACCUCUAGAGACUGAGAUACAAGUAGGCUUCUACUUUCCCUGAUUUGAGGAUCCAUAAGUUACUGUUUAACAGAGGGCUGUGAUGGGACCCAAUGGUGCUCAGCUACUACUGCCCUGGUCCUUGAAGUGAAAGAGAAAUCUAGCUGAGUUCUGCACCUUAACCCUAAAAUUGUAUAUCUUCCUCAGCUAGAAUGGUCAGAACAGAACUUCAUAUGUUGUAUGAUGAGCAAGGCCUUGCCUGAAACGUGGCUCUACACACAUGUGUAGCUAUGCACCGGCACUUAGUAUUAACUAUACCAAAAAAAGUUUGGGGUAAGCCUAAAGGAUGGCACUGAUGCCUCCCUUCCACUCUCUGCUACUCCUGCCUCAGAGAAGUUUUUGCGCCCUUGCCCGAUCACAAGAACCUGUAGAUAUUGUGGAACUUUUUUUCUGAAUUUUAUUAAUAUUAUUUUUAUAUGUAUAUAUAUAUAUAUAUAUAUAAAUAUAUAUAUAUAUAAAUAUGGCCUUUGUACAAAGAGGAAUUUCAGGAACGAGACUCUCACGGGCAGAUUUUUCCUGCCUUCAGCUGAAAUGAAGCCUGUAUUAUGUAGGGUCAUGCCAUCGACGAUGCAAGUUGGCUGGUGGCGAAACCUUCUGCCUGUCAGGGUUAAAGGUCACGUAAGUGUUAAAGCUGCUCCUAUCUUUGAAUAGUAGAUAUUCUGCCCUGUAACUUAAUAAAUGGCAUUAACCUCAAGACAGUGCCAUUCUCUUGUCCCUGUAAUGGGGGCAAAAAAACUGUUAAUCUGCAAGUGUUAAGGAGAUGGGGCACUUCACUUAUUUGGAAACUUUGACUCUUUCCUUGCUAGAAGGUCAAGCAAUGCUCUGUUCACCCUUCUAGCAGCCAAUAGGUUAAAGGGACAGUAUACCUACUCUUUUUAAAUAGGCUUGUGCUGAACAUAAAUUUAUUUUUUUUAAGUGAAAUCUGUUUUGAGUUGUAACUGCUUAUCGUAUCUACUUUUUAUGCUAAGCAGUACAUAGACAGAGAAUAACCAGACUCAGUGAGCCAUAACCCUUACUAUGUUUUUCCACAGGCUGAGAAUUUGCCCUGUGUGGCAUUAGCCUCAAAUCUAUGACCAGGCCAUGGAUACACCCUCUGUAUAAUGAGCUGCUCCUUAUCUCAAGGGAGGAGUUUGUUUAUACAGAGAUGAUUGAAACAAAUUGCAAAACACAUCCAUUAGUGCUUAUAAAUGGUCUAUAAACCACCAUUUUGUUUAAAAAUUUGGCAGAAUACUUUGUCUACACAAGUCCUAUUUAAAUGUAUAGCUGUAUACUUUCCUCUUCAACCUUUCUUUGGUAGAAGGGAAAGCAAAACCUAGUUUAGCAUCCAACUGAGCACAACCCCGGUGGUGCGAUGAAGCUGUAAUGUGAAUGAAUGUAUGUGUGUAAUGUGUCGGCUGCCGGGACACAACGGCAGAUCAAAAUAUGCUGAGUAUGUACCCAGAGCUUGUCUGAUGAGACAUUUUGUGAAUAUGCAUGUGCACAGGCUUUAUGUACAGAGAAAGGAAGAGAGAGAGAUCUAUUUAUGUAACAUAUAAAUAUAUAUUUAGAUAACGCCACAUUUUGCAUCCUAAGCAGGACCAGUAUUCCUUGGGAACGCUGCUGCUGCUGGGGGGAAGUUUUGUGGUGAUUUCUGUCCCAUUAACUUCGGACGUGUAACUCUUUAACAGUGGAGGGCAACUGUAGCUCUCAUGUCCAGCGCUGUGUUUGGAAACCUUGCGCAUCUCUCAAAGGAUUGGUGUAAGAACAGACUGCAGUAGCGGUUUCCCUGCUUGAGCACGUUUUGAUAUCCGUGUAAUGUGACACAGCUACCUGAUUUCACUCUGGUGACCAAGAAGUACUUCCUACCCCAAGCUUAAGAGCAUUCCACUGCUGCAUGUUUCAAGCCACGUAGAAUUCCGACUUUCCUCCAAUCCUGCACCUGUAGGUUAAAUAACCCAGGGAUUGAGUUGGGUGUAUUUCACAUGUAUGGCUUCCAUAUUCACCGCUUGCAUAGUGUUUCCUCCCUAGAUUAUUCUCAGUCAUUAGUGAUAAUACAUUUUAGCCCAUGGGUAAUUCACUUACGGCUGUUGCAGCGCGUCAGACUGCGAUAUCUAUGUUCCAGUGAUGCCCUCAAAGUGUAUGAAGAAGAGCAGAGAAGACUGAAAGGUUGCCUGUGGCUGAUUUAAGUGCUAAUAAAGCAUUGGAAGAAAGUCACCGUUGUUUUAUGCUAAGCAGGAGGCCUGCAGAAUUUUUGGCAAAGGACCAGCAGCCCCUGUCUUACCACCUUUAGAGGCUUUACGGCUUAGGAAUGUCCUCAGUUUACUGUUAAACACUUAGUUGGAAUGACUGGGAUAAGCAACAGCACAUAUGGCUUAACAGUGGAUGUUAUAUUGAAUACACUAGCCAAACUAGCUCUUGUUUCAUAUAGUGAUACCUAAUGCUAGCUCCCUAUUCUGGGGUUCACUGCUGAUGGUAGAAAUAGCCUCUCCAUGUGCUUUUACCCUAAAUGCCUCAUUUAGGUCUCCAGCUGCCCUUUUGACCAUGUGUGAUCCCAGACACUUCUGGGAAAGGCUUCUUUCUGUUGUUUUGGGCUGGGCUUUUGUGUUCUUUUUGCACUCGCUGCUUCUUUGCACCUCUUGUAGGUAAUGUCUCAAGUUUUUUUGGAAGGAUUUCUACUCCUUUUUUGUUUUUCCAUUAGUUUUUGUAGAAGUGGCAGGUGCCGCUUCCUCCCCACUGUACUCAGAGAAGGGAGUACUUACCCAUGGCAAGGCAAGGAUGCUGAUAAUAACAAACUCAUAAUAACAAAGUAAAACUCACAGCCUGCUAGGGGACGUUGAAUAUUUUGGAGAGCACAAGUUCCGUCUUCUUGAACCUCAGUGGAACACGUACCUUGUCAGUCCAACGCAAAUAAUGGUUUCUAACACAAAUGGUUUGGAUACAAUGCCACCAGUUUCUGCUUCUAUUCACUGUUGUUAUAAUACCUUUUUAUUUUAUAUAUAUAUAUAUAUAUAUAUACAUAUGUAUAUUUUUUGUUGUUGUUGUUGAGAUGUUCCCAUCCCGGUAACUCUAGCAACUCUGUGUCCUCAGCAGAGUGCAGCAGUUGUGUCCAGCGAGAGGCUGGAGCUGUUGCCAGUGUUUUAGCUCUGAAUACAAUGUAUGUUGAUUCCAAUGUAACAGAACAAAGGAAGGUCUCCUAUGUGACCGCUCUGUCAGUCAUUAGAGAUACUUUUCCAGUGACUUUGGACAUCAGUGUUGUUGGCACCUUUGGUAGAAACAUACCAAGCUCUUUUCUACUGAUGUUGGCAUCAAGCGAUGCCCCAAUUUGCUGGCACUUCUUCCUUUAGGCAUCGUUCUCAGACAACUCCUGGGGACCUAGAACUUGGGAAUUCUGACAAUUUUUUCCUCUGCUUAACUUCAUAUCUCGGUUCCGCAGUGGAAUGGACUUGAGUUCUACCCAGUUGGAGAAUUCUUAUUCUUGUUCUUAUUUUGUUUUGUUUUCCACCAUGGUUAGUCACUGUGGCUAAAGCGCUAGUACUACGGCUACUGGCCCUACAAAUGAAAGGGGGAACCCGUCUUGAUCUUGCAUGGGGCGUCACAUGCGCCCCCUGCUCAAUUUAUCGGCAUGUGAUAUCCUUUAUUUUUAAGCCUUUACUGGCUUAAUACGUUUUUUUUUUCUUUAACGACGUUUCACAAUUAAGACUAAUUUUGAUCGUACCGAAACAUCCAUUUUUUAAUUAUUAACCAUUUAUUACCGUCUUGAUUUUUAAAUAUAUAGUAAUAUUUAAAAAAAAAAAAAAGAAAAACAAAGAAAAAUACACCUUUUUUGUAUGUUUGAACCUCACAUUUAUCGUACACAUUUAUUUAGCUGGUAUGGGGGGGGGGGUUUACAACAGUCUUUCCUUGAUGUUCAAUCACAAGGGGUUUAUUUGCUAAUUAUUGUUGUACCACGUAAUUGUUUAGAUCUCCACUUCAGUGCUGUCCCUGAAAGCGAGCAUGCCGACGCCAGUUUGUGCACAGAAUUUGGGGGGCACACAAACGUAUCUGGGGGAGGGAACAUCUGCUCGGCAGGUUUAGCAUCAGAGAUCCCCUGAAUGUGAAGUGAUGGUUUAAUAUAACUGAAAAAACCCGUUAUGUAGAAGGAGAAUAGUAGCUUUAUUUCUGUUAGCAUUGAUACCCGGCUAGGUUUUUACAUGGGGUGGGGUUCCAUUUUUUUAAUAUAACACUGUUCUUUAUUAUAGUCACUUAAAUAUGUAUCUGUGUUCCUAAGCGCAUCCAUGAGUGUAACACAGCAGUGCAUCACCUGCACCCGGUUUAAUUAUGGGGCCCAUAAAGCAGUAGCACCAUACAUUUUUCUGUUGUACAAAGUUGCACGUAACCAUUUAUUAUUUGGCCAGUUGGCUGAAGAGCUUAAGCUUUAAACUGGUCUGGGUGCCCAAAGGCUUCAGAGUUUAGGGUGGGAUAGCGUCUGGUGCUUGCGGUAACGGAAUAUGACAUCAUCCAGUGACAUCAGCAUUUUACCAAUGCGCUUGCGUCCCUUGCUUACAGACACUGCUUAGAUCUGGGGUUUUUCCCAACAUAGGGUUUUUAAUUUACGUAUAAAUAUCAUUUCAGGAUGCCUCGUAGCCCUGGAGUUCGAUCUUAACACUGCUGAGUUAUUUGUGUCUUUUAAAGGGGUUUUAGAUGUGCUAAAUAUAAAAAAAGCAACUAACACACACACUUUUUUUUUCCUGUUCAGAUUUGAACAUAAGAAAAAUAGAAGAAAAAACUUAAAAAAAAUAAAAAAAAUGAUCUCCUUGCACCCAAGUCUGUAGGGUUUAUAUCUGACCCAUCUGUAUCUGCUACACAUGUACUUUGUGAUACACUUCUUCUUUCCUGGUUUAGUGGUAACUAAUCGCUUUAAUGCGUCUCAAGAAACGAGCCUUCGGAAGGAACCAUCGCCGCCUUUCGAGGUAUAAAUAUAUAUAUCGUACCCCCGCUCCCUAAUUUCAUAUAAAUUUCUGCUUUCAAUUUCUUUAUUAAAAUUUUUUUUUAGCUAGGUAUAAAACCUUUCACUGCGAUGAUGAUGAUGAUGAUCUUUGUUAGUACUUCCUGUUUAACGGAUACUGUCUGUGUAAUUUACAAAUGAAAAAAAAAACUUUUUUUUUGCUUCUGGAUUCUAUUUACUUCCCUGUUAAUAAGUCCCCUUUAUGCUAGUCACCUGUUUAGUGGAUGGGUAAUGUGUAACUAUUUCCCACUUCUUUCCAGAUCUUCCCUGUUAAUCCCUACUCCCAGCAUCUCCAUAGUUUAUCAAUGUAAGUUAGAACGGUUAAACUCUGGGAAUGUCUGUUGUUGCUGAGAAGGUGACCUUACGAUGCAGAAUGUCUAGGAAUGUUUUAUGGAGGAGCUUGGUUUCCAGUUAGAGAGACUUACAGUGCUUAAUAAAGUCUAUUCUUUUAGUAAAA